UGUUCCGAUGACCAGAUAUCAUCAACCCACUCCCCAGUCAAACCAUUUUACUUUGAGCUGGGAUCUCUUUAUUUGUUUGCAUGGAUGAUAACAGCCUCCCGCAUAUUCAUGGAUUUCUCAUACCACAACUAAUUUGACUAUAAAAGAAAAGACAGAAAAGGGGGACUCAAAGUGGUUUCAGCGGUUUUUUUAGGUUUGUGGAAGCUGCAGUUUAGUCUGCCUUGGACAUGGGACCGUGCGUCACCCGAGAGGAAUCCGGUGCCGGAGAAAGAACAUCUUCCUGAAGGAGGAAAAACCCGUGUGCGGGAGUUUUUCGUUUCAUUUUUUUGCUACCGGGGAGGGGGAGCUGUGGGUUUUACGCGCCGGAAUGAUGCGUCCCAACCACGGCUUCAUCCUGCUCCUUCUGAACGGAACAGCUUGCUUGGUGGCCCUGGGUCACGAAGACGACUCUUCAAGCACCAAGAGCUCUUCAGACGACUCCUCCAAGACGGUGGGCCUCCUGAGUGGGCAGGCCCCCCUGUCGCCCCUGAGCCGCUGGAUGCUCCAGAGUAAGAGUAGAGCUGCUAACACCACCUCCCUGGAGCUGCCCUACCGCACCCCCCUCCCUUUCUCCAAGCAGGAGUUUUCUAAACAGGAAUUCUGGGAGAUGUUGGGGAGCGACCUGCUCAAACCCGACUCCUCCAGCUCCAGGGUCAAACGUCGGCCCAUCGUUAAGACCGGGAAGUUCAAGAAGAUGUUUGGCUGGGGAGACUUCUAUUCCAAUAUCAAGACGGUGAGGCUUAACCUGCUAAUCACCGGCAAGAUCGUGGACCACGGUAACGGCACGUUCAGCGUCUACUUCCGUCACAACUCCACGGGCCAGGGCAACAUCUCAGUCAGCCUGGUGCCACCUGUCAAGGCGGUGGAGUUUGACCUGGAGCGCCAGAGCGUAGUCUACCCCAAGGACUCAAAGAUCUUCAACUGCCGCGUGGACUAUGAAAAGGUGGAUCGCAGCAAGCGCACCUCGCUGUGCAACUACGACCCGUCUAAGACCUGCUUUCAGGAGCAGAUUCAGAGCCACGUGUCCUGGAUUUGCUCCAAGCCUUUCAAGGUCAUCUGUAUCUACAUUUCCUUCUACAGUACGGACUACCGCCUGGUCCAAAAAGUCUGCCCGGACUAUAACUAUCACAAUGAGAUGCCCUACCUGCCCUCGGGCUAGAAGACUC